CUACACUAUUCAUCUUAAACCCCUCUUUCCAUCAAUCUCCCCAGAUAGAUAGACACAAACGCUGCACUUGACAUCACAAUGGACCAAACAAAGAAAGACCAGGCUUUGAUGGACGCUACCAAGUCCGACGCCGUGUCUGAGAUCUCCUCCCGUCUGCCGGACAUUAGCAAGUUUUUGGAUUUUAGUGCCUUGGAUAAGGGGAUUCAGGCUCGGGAUGAUGCUUCGGGGGAGGAGACGGAGGUUGAGGAUGAUGAGCUUGAAGAUACACGUGAAGAUAAGACUAAAGCUGAGCACAAAGCUACGCCCAAAGCUGAAGCUGAGCACAGCGCCACUGACCCGGACGCAGUACCAAACCCCCAAAUCACUCCUUCAUCCCCAUCCAACAUCCUAACCAGCCUCCCCCGGGGCUACACCAUCCACGAAUACACCACCCUGCCCGCCCUCCAAUCCGCCGCCCAAACCCUCAAAGCAACCCUUCACCCAAACCACCCCCAACCCAACAACACCACCACCAACAACAACAACAAUAACCAAUGGCUCCUAAUCCCCAACCUCGUCCCCUCCCUCCUCACCACCCUAACCAGCACCACCCCCCUCCCAACAACCCCCUACUCGUUAUCCAUGAAUACAUCACCGAGAACACCAUCAAGGUGA